AAUAAGUACUGCGCAGUACGCUGUUGUUAUGGUAGUACCAUAGGAAGUCGCGACAGCAAAUUUCCACAACAUUGUACCACUUCAAUAAACAUCAAACAAGUCCAUAUCCUCACAAUGGUCCAGUGGUACCCGCGCGACACCCGCUGGCACGGCGUCCAAAAACACUACUUCAAUGCCUCUACCUUCAAGUCCCUUGUCCUCAUCGCCUACGUCAUCCUUAUCGUCGUCGAAAGCGUCCUCAUGCGCCGCUGGUUCCGAGAAGAAACCUACGACUUGAGUACGACCGAAGGACCAUGGUUCUUCUGGUCCCGCACCGGCAUCUACCUCAUCAUCGACGCCGUCUUCUCCCUCGCCAUGGCGUACUUCACCUGGAAAAACAACUGGCACCCCGUAGCCGCGCUCGUAACCAGCAUCCUACUUUUCUGCUUAUGGGUCGCCGCCUGUCUUCUCAAUACGUUCGUUGUAUACAGCAACGAGUACUCCUUCAAGCAUUUGGAUGAGUGGAGGCGCAUCGCAUAUGGGGAGUCGGGGCUGCAGGCUACGAUUUCGGUGUGCUACUUUGUUAUGAUGGGGUUUGCGGCGAAGGCGGUGCAUGACUGGAGGAAAAACAAGACCGGGAUGGGUGGCAGGAAUCGCAGGGUUGAUGAGUUGGUCUUGGAAGAGAGGGGGGAGGCUAAGGGGAGGGUGAGCGACGCGGAGUUUGUGCCUUACGGUCAUGCAGAACAGGGGAGAACGGUUUGAUGAGCGAUGAUGUUAUGAAUGCGUGCUUGUAUAUUAGCUUGUAAGACUGUAAGGAU